UUGGCAAAAAAGCUGUUUGGACUGGCUUGCUGCCCAAUGAAACCGUUGUUUGGCCUGCCUGGCUGUUUCCGAAACUAACACACACCAGCACACUGCUUGCCUCUCCGUUUUGUAGCUCUUUUUUGUUUCUCAUUCCUGCACCUUAUUUUUCUCCUCUAUUCCACAUCACUUUUCUCUCAUUCCCGACCUGCAAUCUCUUCCACUCCCCCUUUAAAAAAUGUCUAACGCUGACGCCCUCGGAGCACCCAAGCCGCAACCCGCCAACGGAGGCAUUGGAAUUGCCAAUCUGCCGAACCAGCUGCACAAGAUUGUGACCAAGAAGGGCACAAACUUUUCGCUGAUGGCCGUUGGCGAGUCCGGCACGGGCAAGACGACGUUCAUCAACACGCUCCUAACGACCGAGCUCAUCGAGCCGAUCGACGACGCGACGCGCCGCAAGAAGCAGCUCGAUAAGACGGUCGACAUCAACAUCCACAAGGCGGAGCUUGAGGAGAAGAUGUUCAGCGUCAAGCUGAACGUCGUCGACACGCCGGGGUUCGGCGACUAUGUGGACAACAACGACUGCUGGCUGCCGGUGGUUGAUUUCAUCGAGAACCAGUACGAGCAGUAUCUGCGCCAGGAGCAGCAGCCGGUGCGCAAGGGCAUCGUCGACAUGCGCGUCCACGCCUGCCUGUACUUUAUCCGCCCGAACGGCCACACUCUCAAGCCACUGGAUGUGCGCGCGAUGAAGGCGAUCGGUGCUCGCGUCAACCUGAUCCCGGUCAUUGCCAAGGCCGACACACUGUCGCCGGCCGCGCUGCGGCAGUUCAAGAAGCGGGUGAUGGACGUGAUUGACGCUCAGAACAUCCGCGUGUACCAGCCGCCCGUGGACAGCGAGGACGAGCAUUCGACCCAGCGCAACAAGGAGAUUGUGGCUGCGAUGCCGUUUGCGAUCAUCGGCAGCGACCAGGAGGUCAAGACCGAGGACGGCCGCCGCGUCAAGGGCCGCCAGUACCCGUGGGGUGUGGCCGAGGUCGAGAACGACCAGCACUGCGACUUCAAGAAGCUGCGCAGCCUGCUGAUCCGCACGCACAUGCUGGACCUGAUCUCGACGACCGAGGAGAUCCACUACGACAAGUACCGCACGACGCAGAUGAAGACACGCAAGUUUGGUGAGCCCAAGCCCAGGAAGGCCGACAACAAGAAGUUCCGCGACGAGGAGGAGGCGCUGCGCAAGCGCUUCACCGAGAAGGUCAAGCUGGAGGAGAACCGCUUCAGGCAGUGGGAGCAGAAGCUGAUUGCCGAGCGCGACCGCUUGAACAAGGACCUCGAGCAGGAGCACAACCUGGUCAAGCAGCUCGAGAGCGAGAUCGAGGCCAUCCAGAACUCUGGGUCGCCCAACACCAAGUUCUUCCGCAAGUAGAUUUCGUAUUUGACGCGAGCCGCCGCAUCUCUCGCAUUGCACUCCCCUCGGUGUCUUGCACAG